AACGUUGAACAUACUAUUACUUCCUCCGUUUUAAAAAUAAUAAUUUAUUUUAAUUUGUUAUAAAAUUUUAAAAAAUGUACAUAAUUUUUUAAUAGUAUAAUUUUAAAUUAAAAUUAUAUUAAAUGUGUCAAAAUAAUCUUUAAUUUUAUAAUUUUAAAUAUAUUAUAUAAAAAGUUAAAAUUAAAAUAUUAUCAAUAAGUGAAAUAGGUCAUUUUUAAAAAAAAAAAAGUUAAAAUGGUCUAUUUGAAGAGUACCUUUUUAAAUUAUUUUGGAAUUAAUUGAGCUAAACAGCUAUCCCUUGACAAAAAUAUAUAUUGCUCCCCACUGUUUUCCUUUCCCCGUAUUAGAAAAGAUGACAUAACUUAGUCAUAAAUUUUAUUAGCCAUGGACGUCUUUCUGAUUGGCGUUACACUAGCUACCACCUUCCUUGUUUUCUUCUUUCUUCACAGACAAUUUUUCUCAGCUAAAGAUCAAAGUAGAACUAGAAAUGUACCAGAAGCUGGCGGAGCAUGGCCUAUUAUCGGCCAUCUCCAUCUUCUCAGUGGAUCCGAAACUGAUCAGCUACCUCACAAAAUCCUGAGCUGCAUGGCAGAUAAGUAUGGUCCCAUUUUCGGAUUGAAGUUUGGAGUUCAUAAGGUAAUAGUUGUUAGCGAUCCUAAAUUAGCUAAAGAAUGUUUCACAACAAACGAUUUAGCUUUAGCAAAUCGGCCAAAAUCCUUAGUUUCAGAGAUCAUAGGCUAUAACAACGCGAUGUUUGGACUUGCUCCUUAUGGACCUUACUGGCGAGAAGUUAGGAAGAUUGCUACUAUUGAACUUUUCUUUACUCAAAGAAUCGAAAUGCUCAAACAUAUCAGAGAGUUUGAAAUAAAAUCAGCUGUUAAAGAGAUCUAUAAUAACUGGUUGAAGAAUAAGAGUAGUAAUUUAAAUGGUGCAGUGAAGAUCGAGAUGAAGGAAUGGUUCGGAGAUUUAGUUAUGAACACUAUGGGGAAAAUCUUAUUCGGAGAAGGGUGCAGGAGUAAUAAGGCUCAUAAAGCAAUUAGGAGAUUUUUUGAAUUGAUGGGAGCUUUUGUGGUGGCGGAUUUUAUACCUUUUUUAAGGUGGCUGGAUAUUGGAGGCCAUGAGAAGGCAAUGAAGGAGGUUGCUAAGGAAAUUGAUUGUGCUGUUGAAGAAUGGUUAGCAAAGCAUAAAAGGAAGAGGGAUUCUGAUGGGGUUAAAGCUGGUGAAGAAGAAGAUUUCAUGGAUGUCAUGUUGUCCAUCUGCGAAAACAGAGAUUUGCCUGGAGUUGAUGCUGACACUGCUAUCAAAGCGACCUGUAUGGCUCUAUUGUCUGCCGGUACCGACACCACGAUCGUAACUCUUACAUGGACUCUAUCUCUACUUCUCAACAACUACGAAGCACUCCAAAAGGCCCAAGAUGAGCUAGACGCUCAAGUUGGAAAGAAUAGAUGGGUUCAAGAAUCAGACAUCAAGAACUUGGUUUAUCUUCAAGCUAUUGUCAAAGAAGCAUUACGUUUAUAUUCAGCUGCACCGCUCUCAGUACCACAUGAGUCGAUGGAGGAUUGUACUAUUAGUGGCUACGAUAUACCAAAAGGCACUCGAUUAUUAGUGAACAUAUGGAAGAUUCAUCACGAUCCAAACAUAUGGCCUGAACCUAAUGAGUUUAAGCCAGAGAGGUUCUUGACAACACAUAAGGAUGUCGAUGUAAGGGGCAAUCACUUUGAGUUGAUGCCAUUUGGUAGUGGAAGAAGAAUGUGCCCUGGAAUUUCAUUGGCCCUUCAAGUUUUGCCCUUCGUAAUAGCGGUGUUGCUGCAGGGGUUUGACAUGAAGAGGCCUUCGGAGGAACCAAUUGAUAUGAGUGAGAGCUUUGGAUUGACAGUCCUCAAAGCUUCUCCACUUGAAGUUCACCUAGCUCCACACCUAGCUCCCGUUCUUUAUGAAUAAAAAUGUCGACAAAAUUUGUGCCUCAUGUCACUGUUGUAUACUAGUUUGUAACACUGAAGUGAAAAUAAAACGAAACAUCAAUAUUCCCACA